UCAAAGCACGAUUAUUUUGGAAGACGACUGAUCAUGAGAUAUUACUUAAUUGUUUUACUUGCCUCAAAAAUAGUCUGCUCCUCUGAUGUGGAUGUUGUUCAGGAGGAUCAUGUAAAAAUAGUUCGAGCUGGAGAGGAUGUGAACCUCACUUGCACCUUUUCAAGUCUUCUGCAAACGACAACAGCGUGGUUUAAACAGACGGCUGAUAGAAAAAACGUACAAAUUGUGUCUUUCUAUAUAAAGCUACAACCCAGCUGGAACAAGGACUUUGAGAAAGCAAAUCGUUUUAUUGUUAUUAAAGGAGAUGAUCAUUUUAAUCUGACCAUUUUAAAGACAAAGCCUUCAGACUCAGCAACAUAUUUCUGUGUAGUCUCAUCACAUUACACCAUUGGAAUGGGUGCAGGAACCAGAUUACUUGUCAAAGAUGCAGCUGUGGACAGACACACAAUUUUUCAGCAGUCUUCAAUAGACAAGCUUCAUCCAGGGGAUUCUGUGAGUUUGCAGUGCAGCAUCUUCACUGAGAGCUGUGCAGGAGAACACAGUGUCUACUGGUUCAGGCAAAGCUUGGGAGAAUCUCAAGGGAUACUUUACACAAAAGGAGAGAGAAAUGGUCAGUGUGAGAACAGCACUGAGUCUCAAACACAGAGCUGUGUCUACAAUCUCUUCAAGAGCAACAUCAGUCACUCUGAUGCUGGGAUUUACUACUGUGCUGUGGCCGCGUGUGGAGAGAUAUUGUUUGGAAAAGGAACUGAACUAAAUUUUAGAGAGAGUGUUGAUGUGACCCCAACUCUUCUUGCUCUUGGAUUUUCAAACAUCAUAUUUUUUGCCCUUGUUGUUUUUCUGGGAAUAAAACUAUACAGGGUUCAGAAUAAAGUGCCUACAUCUCAAGAGAGUCAAAAUGAAGACACCCUGAAUUAUGCAGCCAUUAGUUUUGGUCAGAAACCUCUAAACACUAGAAGAGCCAAAGCAAAGAUCAGUCAAGACCAGUCUCUGUACGCACAUGUCAGAUCACACCAGUGA